CCCUCCGACACCGCGCGCUAAAGUUAUACACUUCAGCAACUCCCAACCCCUAAGCAGACUUUGUCAUCCAAAACUAUCAGACCUUUUAAGAAAACACUGCAAAGAAUUAGGUAACCUUUGUUGACUCGAGAGCGUUUGGAGUACCCCCUCCCUGGCGCGCGCUGCUGCUUGUUCUUGCGGUAGUUAUUUUGCUCAUGACCCCCGCCGCACCAAACGACUCUGUUUAUCUCUGUUUGAUUUUUGGAGGUUUCACAUCACCGCCAUAGUGUGGCUGGAUAACUUUUUUAUAUUUUUUUAUUUCCCCUUUUGUAAACAGGACUUAAGUGAAUUUUAGUCAUUAAGGAAACAUUCAUCAACAAGUCUGGACUUGCUUUCGCAGUUUAAACAUACUGUGCCUCGUCAUUUAUUAAAAGUAGAAUGUCAUCUUUACCGGGAACAGUACCGAGGAUGAUGCGACCGGCUCCAGGGCAGAACUAUCCCCGCACUGGAUUCCCCUUGGAAGGUUGGUUGGACAGUUGUUAGUUUCAACUCCUCUGGGUCAAGGGCGAGUGAAUCAGCUUGGCGGAGUGUUCAUCAAUGGCAGGCCUUUGCCAAAUCAUAUACGCCACAAAAUAGUUGAAAUGGCUCACCACGGCAUCCGUCCCUGCGUGAUCUCCAGACAACUUCGCGUUUCCCACGGCUGUGUGUCCAAAAUCCUCUGCCGGUAUCAAGAAACUGGCACGAUCCGUCCUGGAGCAAUAGGAGGAAGUAAACCCAAACAGGUGGCAACACCUGACGUGGAAAAACGAAUCGAAGAAUACAAGCGCGAUAAUCCCGGCAUGUUCAGCUGGGAGAUUCGGGAUAAACUGCUGAAGGACGGUGUGUGUGACAGAAGUACAGUUCCCUCAGGUGAGCCCUCAUCUGUGAGUUCUAUCAGCCGGGUUCUACGUGCGCGGUUUGGCAAAAAAGACGAUGACGACGAUUGUGACAAAAAGGAUGACAUUGGGGAGAAAAAAACUAAGCACAGCAUUGACGGCAUACUGGGAGACAAAGGUCGAAUAGAUGAUGGCUCGGAUGUGGAGUCUGAACCAGACCUACCCUUGAAGAGGAAGCAGAGGCGCAGUCGGACCACCUUCACAGCUGAGCAGCUGGAGGAGCUGGAGAAGGCCUUUGAAAGGACACACUACCCAGACAUCUACACCAGAGAGGAACUAGCUCAGAGAACCAAGCUCACAGAGGCCAGAGUACAGGUUUGGUUCAGCAACCGUCGAGCGAGGUGGCGUAAACAAGCUGGAGCUAAUCAACUGGCAGCAUUUAACCACCUGUUACCUGGAGGGUUUCCACCCACAGGCAUGCCCACUUUACCAUCCUACCAGCUUCCUGAGUCUGCUUAUGCUCAAACAACAUUAACACAAGAUGGCAGUGGCACGGUGCAUCGGCCCCAGCCCUUGCCCCCCUCCACCAUGCAUCAGGGUGGGCUCUCGAGCGACAGCAGCUCCGCCUAUGGCCUCUCGUCCAACCGCCACAGUUUCUCCAGCUACACCGACACCUUCAUGAGCCAGUCAGCAAGCAGUAAUCACAUGAAUCCCGUCAGCAAUGGACUAUCUCCACAGGUGAUGAGCAUCCUCAGCAACCCUAGCGCCAUGGCCUCUCAGCCCCAGCAUGAGUUCUCCAUCUCCCCCCUGCACAGCGGCCUGGAGGCCUCCAACCCCAUCUCAACCAGCUGCAGCCAUCGCUCUGAGCCCAUCAAGACCGCUGACAGCCUGCCCUCCUCCCAGUCCUACUGCCCCCCUACGUACAGCACCACCAGCUACAGCAUGGACCCUGUCACUGCGGGUUACCAGUACAGUCAGUACGGCCAGACUGCGGUGGAUUACCUGGCUAAGAAUGUGAGCUUGUCCACGCAGAGAAGGAUGAAGCUCGGAGAGCACUCGGCUGUGCUCGGACUGCUACAGGUGGAGACGGGACAGGCGUAUUGAUGGAUCUCAAACUGAACAUCCACCCAUGUGUUUCACCAGCAUCCCUCCAUUCUUUCUGCAGUGCCCACAUAUGGCCCAUCUGACUAGGAGUGAACAAGACCAAGAGAAGUUACAAAAUCAUGGGCAGUCUUAGAUUUUCUACCUAUAGCAGCGUGAAUACAAAAGCCAUUCCACAUAAAAAACAGACACUAUUGUGCUGCAUCUCCAUACUCGUCCCAGUCCUUUCUCUAUUUCACAACAAAGAGACCCUUUCAGGGCUUCAGAAAGAAGCCGAGGGAAAAUGAGCAUCAAUUGUCUGAGCCCAAAUCACUGAAGCUUUGCUCAUCAACAUUCAGUGUUAGCACACAUAGGCUACAGCUGCAGCCACUUGCCCAUUCCAAACCUGUUCGGACCAUGACGUUUAUAGAAAAUUAUGGUAUUAUAAUUAUAUUUGUAUGAUAAAUGUGGUUGAUUCUAUUGCUGUUGCAUUUACUUAUUGUAAUUACUCUUUGUUUACAUGUUUCAGUUUAAUUUUUCUCACGUUUAGUUCAUGUUUCUAUUUUAACCACAAGGCCUUGCUUUAUAACAUUACAUUUCUAAUGGAUUAACACGACAAGUGUGGCAGGUUGUUUGCAAUGCUACAAUGCAUACAAUUUGCUAAUUUAAAUCUUAAAGCUGACAUUCCACAAAACCUGGGCUGGUCAGUGAGGCAUCUGGGUUGCUGGAGCCUUGAUAUUGGGCAAAAAGGUAGUCUGUGACCUGCUCUCUGUGGGUGGAAAGUGUCUUAGGGUUAUUAGUGUUAUUUAUGAUUAUUUUGUCUUAAAAACCUACACUUUUCUGAAAUAAUAUGACCAAAUGGCAAAAAUACAUUUUUUCAUUCUAGUACUUUUUGCAAUGAACACAUACUAAUUCUUCUCUGUGGUCACUAUAAUUACCAUUAAAAUGAGCCCUUGUAGGCAACUGCCAAUUUUAGCAUGUUAUGGCUUUUUGAUGUAUUUUCCCAUAUGCUUCUAUGCUCUUCAUGGAAAGUAUAGAUAUAUCUUAUGAUUUAUCCAAGAACUUAAAAACAAUCAGAUAUCAACCAAUGAAUAGCUGAAGGGUGAUUUGUGAAUUCAUGUUUCAGAAAUUAAGAAGAGGAUGUACUAAAUUGGUAGUGCUUU